AUGACCAGCAAAAAACAAAAACAUUCGUACAAUUCUGGCCAGGGCGCUGCGCUGAAUGAAGCGUCUGCGAAACAGUCCGGGACGCAUAGUGCCCCUGGUACUCCCAAGCGGGCUUCGGGGGAUACCCCUCGAAGUGGGAAAACUUCCAGUUCAGCACCCGCGCUGGGAGACGCCAAAUUUACAAAUUCGAAGGCCUCCAAUGCCAAAGUUGCGAUUCCCCGGCAGCCGCCGGGAAUCACUCAGCGCUACAACCGGCGGGUCCCACGAGCGGAGGUGGACAGGCUCUCGGCUGAAGUGCAGGACUAUGAAAGCUUCAUGGACGAUUUACGAAAUUCAGUCGAGUCUCGUACGGAUUGGAUCAAGACUCUGCUGGAAAAGCAUGACUUGAAGGGGGACAGUACCUUUGACCACGUCCGUUCUCAACUCUCCACGCCUCAAAAUGAGAUGGAGCCGGAGGAACCAUCUCCGCUGUCGUCGAUUGGGUCUCUGGACGCCAUUGACCGAGUGGAAGAGGAUCAUAACCGAUCAGAACACACUCGAGCAACGGGCUACAUGGGCAAGACCUCGGAAAUUACCUGGAUGCAACGCUUGCAGAGAGAAGCCGAGCAGCGUGCCCGCGGCAAGUGUGGCACUUUGGAAUCAGAAGGUGAUGAAGACGACGAAACGAAGGAUAAAUUUUCACUCAGCGCCUUGAACUAUCACCUUGACGACCUCAGCAUCUCCGUGGCCGAGCCGAUUCAAAAGUAUACUAUGCCUCCUCGACAUUUGGCGGACCGACUCUUUGACGACUAUUUGAAAACCGUGCACCCUUUCUUCCCCAUCAUCAGCAAAACGCUAUUCUGUGCCCAAUACCAGACCUUUUUCGACAACUCUACUCGAUCCAACUCGGUCCGACCUGGCGAUAAGUGGCUUGCUAUUUUGAAUGUCAUCUUCGCCAUCGCGGCGAAGCACGCCCACCUCAUGAACUCCCCGUGGCGCGGAAAUCAAAACGACCACUUGAUGUAUCUGGCCCGCGCCAGACUUCUUAGCAUGAACAGCGAGGCUUUGUUCGCACAUCCUGAUCUCCAGCAAGUUCAAGUGGAAGGACUGAUCGCAUUUUACCUUCUUGCCUCGGACCAAAUCAACAGGGCCUGGAGAAUAUCAGCUUUGGCAGUGCGCUCUGCCAUUACGCUCGGUAUCAACCUAAAAAACCAAAGCCUGAAAACCCCCCACAUCUCUAAAGAGGCUCGCUACAAAGUAUGGUGGUGCAUAUACUCUUUCGAGCAUAUGCUAGGCAUCAUGACCGGUCGAGCUAUUUCGACACCGGAUGGAGGAUACGCGACCCCGUUGCCAUUACCGUUCGAAGAAGAUCAGCUUCAAGAAGAUGCCGCCGCCAUUGAAAUUCUAAACGACCCCAACUUGAGAGACGAACAGAUCAACAACGUGAUGGCGAGCUCACUGAUUCGACAAACCGGCAGCAGGGACAGAUCUCAGACACGAGACCAAUCCUGGGUCAGGAGCCUCCCUAUUACUUUCGGGCUUUGCUAUCUUUACAACUGCGACUUGACGAUCAUCGCCCAGGAGAUUAUCAACAAAGUUUACUCAACCAACUGCGUCAUGCUACCAUGGUCAGAAAUCGAAAGUCGAAUAGAUGAAGCGAAGUCGCGAAUCGACUUCUGGCGAUCGAUUCUUCCCGCGGGGCUUGAUUUCACGCAAAAGAAGUCCGACGACAGCCACAACCAGCUGCGCUGUAAACUGGCCCUAGGCUUCCAUUACUACAGCGUACGAAUCACUCUCGGCCGCCCGUGUCUCUGCCGGCGUGAUGCGCGUCAAAACGCAUCAUCACAGCCUACAUUCAGCCAUACGAUGGCAGUCGUCACAUUGGAGUCGGCAUGUGGCAUGAUCGACUUGAUCCCCGACGAACCGAACGUCCUCCAACUCUACGACAUCUGUCCCUGGUGGUGCAUCCUACGUCAAAUGAUGCAAGCCGCAAUAGUGCUUCUCCUCGAACUAUCAUUUGGAAGCGUACACAUGCCGGAAGAAGAAGAAAAGUUCGUGCGAUUAGCAAAGAAAUGUAUCCGCUGGUUCUACGCCAUGCCCGAACACAGCUCCCGCCGUGCAUGGCAGCUCUGCGACUCCAGCUUCCGCAAACUCGCCAGCGGCAUGAAAUACUCCAUCGACGACAUCCCCUCCCAUCCCUACCAGCAAGAUCCCAACUCUUCCAUGACCGCUGCUCAUCUCCCCUUCCACCCCCCGACUGCUCCGUCUUCGCGCGAUUAUUUCACCUUGCCGGAGGAAAUGUCCAUCUUUGGCUCGCGCCAGGUCCCAGAAGCAGACCUCUGGACGAGUUACUUCAACCUCCCCACUCCGGAUCUGAUGUCUUCGCUACAAGGACCCGUCGAGAUGGCCGACUCGUACUUCCCAUAUGACCCGCUCAGUGAGGAAUUCAUUCGGUCUUUGCUUCCAUCUUCCGAGGAUCCCCGAGAACAGCAUUGA